AUGACACUUUUAAAGAUGUACAAAAGUUCAAAUCGAUAUGAUAUUAUUUUUAAUCAAUAUAAUAAGCAGUUUUUUUUAAGAUAUAAAAUAUUAAAAAGAGUAAAAUAUAUUAUAAUCUAAGGGAAAUUCAAAGAACAAAGUAAUUUAUAUUUGAACAUACCAACGCAGUUAGAAAUUUCUUAAUAAAAUAUUGAGUAAGAUAUUUAUUAACUUCAUCACGUAGCUUAGAGGUAGAGCGUUGUUCUAGAAAAACAUCUGUCCGAGUUCGAGUCUUCGGGGUGA